CGCGCACUUGUCACUUCCAUGUUGUACAUGUCCAUCCCAACUUCACUCCUCUCUCUCCCCUCUCCCCGCUCACAAACCCUUACUGCUGCUCUUUAGCGCGCAACCAUGGCGCCUAGGAAGCCCUCUACCACUGCCGAAAUCUCACUGGUGCCGUUGAAGAACUGUCUGGUUAACCUCCCGCCGUCGCUUGUUGCACUGCUGGUCAAUGCCAACACGGCUGCUCAGAAUGUGAUUGUCGAGCUUCAAUACCGGCCAGCUGCUGGGAAGGCUAAUAGCAACCUCACGCAUCGCUCAUGCUACUUAGGCUGGACGGGCAUGCCCAGCAAGCGCAAGCUUGCCCCUGUUGUCGGGAGGGAUGGUAUUAACAGCAGCUCCACUGCUAGAGAACAGGAAAUCUCUACUGUCGAGUUAGAUACAACCUUCGGCAAAGUUCUCGGCCUGGCGGAUGGACAGAAGGUUGGCAUAUACAUUCACCUUGAUCCGCCGGUAGCCCAUACCAUUAAUAUCGAGCCUUUGACACCAGAAGACUGGGAGAUCAUCGAGCUCCACGCUACGUUUUUAGAGCUUAAUCUCUUAUCGCAAAUCCGCGCUCUACCCAAUCCUGCACAUACUCCGACUCAGUCCGAACACAUGCACCCGCUUGCACUACAUCUGUCUCCGACCUCAACCGCGAAUAUUAUUAUCACCUCGAUGACACCCGCGCCCCCAACCGCCUCGCCUUUCGCGAAAAUAGCACCAGAUGCGGAAGUAAUCGUUGCUCCAAAAACCCGACCAAAGGUCCACAGAAGUGCUCGCGGUGAUAAUCGGAGCAUCGCGGGCAGCAGCCGGAAAAGCGUGGGUGGACGAAGUAGCGGAAGCACAGUGCGGCCAAAAAGCAGCCGCUUAGAUCCCACAAGCAGAGGAUCACUCUUCUUCAGAGGAAUCGACCGUCAGCUUUCUGAGCAGUUCUUCGACGAGGAGGAUGAGGCAGAUGCGAACGAUGGGUUUCGUGUCUGGGUAGACCCUGAGAUGCUCGCGACAAACGAGCUUCGCGGAGCCACCUGGGCUUGCGUUUCAAUCGUACGGCCAUCCGGUCUGAAAGCCCCGCUGGAUCCUCAGCAACAAAUGGACCAGGCAGAGCAGAGAACGAACGAAUCCGGAACCCCUGCAACCAAGUUAGUGGCCAAACUGAUUCCCUGGAUUGACGCUCCGGACACUCAGCAUGUUGCCAUCUCCUCCUUAUUAUGUACUACGCUGAGCGCUGAGGGCAUUGUAGGCGGCAUUGUUCGCGUGGAGGCGGCCCCUCCACCGCUGCAGCGCGCCGCAGUGAAGACCAUCAAAGUGUACCCAUUCAUGGCUGACGCUUCGAAGAGAAAGGAUGGGUUGAAAUUCGGAUCCGACACUGCGGCGGCAAGAGAUUCCUUGGCUGAGCGCAUCAAACUCAUAUAUGGUGGCUCUGGAUUGAAUGAAGGGCUACUAGCGGGACCACUGACAGAUGGUAUGAUUGUGCCAAGCGCGGACUCCAAAACCACGGGCACUUCGUUUGAUGGUGCUAUUCUUCGUUUCGAUCCUCCCUGGAAAGGUGGCUCGGAUACUGCUAAGCCAGGAAUCGGAUGGCUCGUCGGCUCUGAAGCCAAGCUGCCACUUGAAGUACAAGCCGAAAUAGCACGUCCAGCGGAGCCGGACUCGUCCGCUGAUCCCUCCGACGAGGUUAUCCCGGCCACUGUCCCUGAACUCGUCGGGAUUGACAAGGUCAUAUCGCAAGCAUUGGACAACUUGACUAAGUCUUCUUCCGUUCUACUCACUGGUAGCAUUGGUUCUGGCAAGACCUCAUUGAGUCAUCUUCUGGCCCACCGCGUCCGAAGAGACUAUUUGUUCAAUGUCAAAUAUUUCUCCUGUCGGAAGCUCGUCACAGAUGAAACUCGGAUAUCGAACAUCAAGGAGACCCUGAAUCGUCUUUUCAUGGCUGCGUCUUGGUGUGCUCGACUGGGAGGGCAGUCGGUCGUGAUUUUGGACGAUCUCGAUAAGUUGUGUCCUGUGGAAACGGAAUUACAGGUGGGCGGUGACAAUGGUCGAAGUCGGCAAAAUAGCGAAGUGAUAUGCUCCAUGGUCCGCGACUACUGUUCGAUGAAUUCUUCUGUGGUGCUACUGGCAACUGCGCAAUCAAAGGAGUCCCUGAAUAAUGUCAUUAUUGGAGGUCAUGUUGUUAGGGAAAUCAUACAUUUGAGGGCUCCUGAUAAGGAAGGACGGCGCAAGGUGCUCGAGCAACUCACAAUGCAGGACAGAGACUCCUUUCCCCAGGCUAAUGGUCACGCACGAAAUGCCAGUACCUCAACUCACGAUUCGUGGCUUGACCCUUCUAAUGUUGGAAGUCGACCGAGUUCCGCGGGGGCGGAUGGCUUUGUUCUCGGACGAAAUGUGGACUUUCUGGAAUUAGCUGGCAAGACGGAUGGGUUCAUGCCCGGGGAUCUAGUUUUGCUGUUGUCUCGUGCCCGUAAUGAGGCUCUAAUCCGAUCUGUUCAGAAUUCCCUGUCUUCGUCGAAAACGAUCGUCCUUGGUGCGGACGAUUUCGACAACGCGAUCAAGGGUUUUACCCCUGCCGCGCUACGCAAUGUGACGCUCACCUCAUCUACUACAACAUUCUCCGCCAUCGGUGGCUUAACGGAGACUCGAAAGAUGCUCUUGGAGACUUUACAAUACCCCACUAAGUAUGCGCCCAUUUUCGCACAGUGCCCUCUUCGUCUGAGAUCGGGCCUGCUACUUUACGGAUAUCCCGGUUGUGGAAAGACUCUUCUUGCCAGCGCGGUCGCAGGCGAGUGUGGUCUCAAUUUCAUAAGUGUGAAAGGUCCGGAGAUCCUCAACAAAUACAUUGGUGCCAGUGAGAAGAGUGUUCGGGAUCUUUUCGAACGAGCCCAGGCUGCCCGACCUUGUAUUCUUUUCUUCGACGAGUUCGACAGUAUUGCCCCGAAGCGUGGCCACGACUCCACUGGAGUCACUGACCGUGUUGUGAAUCAGCUCCUCACACAGAUGGACGGUGCAGAGGGUCUCUCAGGGGUAUAUGUUCUGGCAGCCACUUCCAGGCCUGACCUGAUCGAUCCCGCCUUGCUGCGACCAGGUCGCCUUGACAAGUCUCUGAUUUGCGAUAUGCCUAAUUACUCGGACCGACUUGACAUUAUCCGUGCUGUGAGCAAGAAGCUCAAUAUGAGCGAGGAUGUGAUCUCCCGGCUGGAUGAGGUUGCCUCCCGCACUGAGGGCUUCUCGGGUGCUGACCUGCAAGCCGUCGUCUACAACGCCCACCUCGAGGCCGUUCAUGACGCUCUUGGCGAUCGCUCCGCGAGCGACACGGACGCAACAAAAAAUGGCACUGCCAAAGCAUCCUCCGCAGGCGCCAGCGGCUCCACCAGCAAAUCAUUCAUCCAAUUUCUUUAUUCUGCGUCUGAACAGCACGCGGGAUCGGUGUCAAUGCCUCCGCCUGCCGUUGUUGCCUCGAAAUUAGAAGCAAUGAAGAGCGCUCGGCGUCGCCAACGACAGCAGGAGCAAGGAGCAGUCAGCGCACCGGCGUGGGCUCCUAACGGGCCUUCACAGGAAGAAGCGCGCGAGGAAAUCAUUGUUCAGUGGGAGCACAUGGAGCGAUCGCUGAAGACAACGCGCAGCUCCUUGAGUGAUGCUGAACGGAGGCGCUUGGAAGCCAUUUACCGUGAAUUCAUUUUCGGGAGAAACGGAGAGAUGCCGACUGGCGAGGGUGGACGAGAGAUAGGAGGUCGCACCAGCUUGAUGUGAUGACGACUUGUCGUUGCAGAAGCUGCAGAAGGAGUUUCAUGAAUGUAUUUACGGCUACAUCAAUGUAUAUACGAGGGUUGUCGCCCGGCAGUUACAGCCCAUCACCAUGAAAAGAAUAUGAACGCGCCCGGGUUCGAACCCCCGCCAAUAUGAGGACCGCAAUGUAGCCUAGAAACCCCGCACCUCAAAAUAGAAGUCUGUAAAAGUAACAAAAAAAACUGGUAGCUUCUCUUUGAUUGAGCGUGUCAUCCUUAGUGCAG